CCUGCACAACAUAAACCUCUAACCUGAUUCCAGCCUCUUCACUUUACAGGUGAUGUCUCUCUUUGGAAGGCACUAGGCGAGGUUCGGGAAGCCCAGUCUCGGAAGAUACAGCUCUAUCGAGAUCUAUAUUUAUUUAUUUUUUCCUGGCAAAGCACUGGAAGAUCUUUGGAGGAACAUGUCGAACGAGAUUGAUUUCAGGUCGGUGCGCCUUCUGAAGAAUGAUGGGAUGGGCUUCCAAAAGUUCUCCUGCAUGAAUGAAGAUGAGGCUUGGAAAACUUACCUGGAGAACCCUCUGACAGCGGCCACCAAAGCCAUGAUGAGGGUCAACGGAGACGACGAAAGCGUGGCCGCCCUGAGUCUCCUCUGUGACUAUUACAUGAUUCCGAAGGAGAAACGGUAUGUCCCAUCCGGAAACACAGGGCGCAAUGACAUUGGAAAAAGGCACUGCCACGUGAUGGAUUACGAACCCGACAUUUCCUCCUUCGAAAAUUCAGCUCAGCUCAUGAAGCUCUUGGCGGAGAAUGUCUCCGUGAGCCAGGAAUACUCCGACUUGCCCAAGAAGAAUGGCUUGGUGCUGGAUGGUCUCCCCGCUCCCCACAAGCCCCCCGCUUUGCCCCCGGGUCCCAGCAAGAUGGAAGCCAAUCCGGAGAGCUACAUGAUCCCCUCCAGCGACGUCUACGACAACGGCUCACUCCAUUCCCUCUUUGAUGCCAUCCAUGUGGCUCCUCCGCAGCAAAGAUGGCAGCCGGACAGCACCUUCAAGGAGGACCCGCAGGAGUCCCUGAUCUUCAAUGACAUCCUAAAGACCCAGCCAGAAGUGCCUUGCUCAGAAGGUUAUUCCCUCAAUGAUGCUAAAAGUGACUUUGAAUACACACUGGGAUCUCCAAAAGCCAUCCACAUCAAGUCGGGGGAAUCCCCCAUGGCCUACCUCAAUAAGGGACAGUUUUAUCCGGUGACGCUGAAGACGAUUGGCGAUACCAAAGGUUUACAUUUGUCCUCCAACAAAGUGAAGAGUGUUGUGAUGGUGGUUUUCGACAAUGAAAAGAUCCCCAUGGAGCAGCUCAAGUUCUGGAAGCACUGGCACUCGCGGCAACCGACAGCCAAGCAGAGAGUCAUCGAUGUUGCUGACUGCAAAGAGAAUUUCAAUACUGUCCAGCACAUUGAGGAGGUGGCUUACAACGCCUUGUCCUUUGUCUGGAACAUUGCAGAAGAAGCAAAGGUCUUUGUUGGAGUGAACUGCUUGAGCACGGACUUCUCCUCCCAGAAGGGAGUCAAGGGUGUCCCUCUGAACCUGCAGGUUGAUACCUAUGACUUCGGCACAGGGACUAACCGCCUGGUCCACCGGGCCAUCUGCCAGAUCAAGAUAUUCUGCGAUAAGGGAGCAGAGAGGAAAAUGCGGGAUGACGAACGCAAACAGUUCAGGAGAAAAGGGAAAUGUCUGGAUGCCAACAAUAAUGGUCUGAAAAGCUGCUUGGUGUCGGGCUUCCGAGGCAAUGAAAUCACAUACCUCAAGCCUCAGGCCGAUUUGGAGACACAGCCCGUCUUGUUCAUUCCCAACGUCCAUUUCUCAAACCUCCAGAGAUGUGGAACCGCUUUACCUACGUCUGGAGCACCACAUGACCCUAGCAGAUUGCCUCUGAAGCGGAGCUGCUCUUCAUUCACAGAUGAGUUCAACCCCUUGGCUUCCAAAAAGGCAAAAAGCGAAGACCCGCAACGAGUCCUGCUCUAUGUGAGAAGGGAGUCGGAGGAGGUGUUUGAUGCCCUCAUGCUGAAGACGCCUGACCUCAAAGGCCUGAGGAAUGCGAUUUCGGAAAAAUACGGUCUCCCUGAAGAAAGCAUCUACAAAGUCUACAAGAAGUGCAAACGAGGAAUCCUUGUCAACAUGGACAACAACAUCAUCCAGCACUACAGCAACCACAUGGCCUUCCUGCUGGACGUGGUUGAGGCAGAGGAGAAGUUCCAGGUGACCCUCAAGGAGCUGUGAAGCCCCUGAUGGCUGCGCGUCUGCCAGAGCCACGGACUUCAGGCCCCUCCUUCCCAGACACUGCCAUCGGCCAGGAAGGCAAGACUCGAACUCGGUCCCAUUUGAGGGAAAAGAGAGAUUGAGAGACAGAGACGGAAAAAUGGCACGGCUCAAUGUGUGAAGAGUGCCUGGAAGAUCUAUUCGCAAUGUGAACGUGGAACUUCUGCCUAGUGUGUUCUUUGUGGUUGUUAUUAUUAUUUUAUACUUUAUUAUUAUUAUUUUUAUUGUUACGAUCCUCUGCCAGGCAAGGGAUUUGGAGCCAUUGUACCCUUUCCCACUCAGGGAAAGCACUGAGUUCUGGCAGGCGGCAGAAUCGGCAGGAGAACAACUCUAGCUCUUUUGGGGAUCUUGGUCCUGAACCAACGAUUAAAACAGAAGCAAGAAUUGUCGGACUAUUUGAAAGAAAUUACAACUGCUUCGGGAUGGGGGGCUCCUAUCACUACAGAUUAAAAGGGAUUGUGUGUCAUGGAAAAAACAACAGGAAAAUAUCAAAGGGAAAAUAUGGAAGUCCCUCUGUAUCCAUGGAUUCAAUGAAAAUCCCCCAAAAGCAAACUCUGAUAUUGCCAUUUUGUGUAGGAGAGGCCAUGUUACUAUGCCAUUGUAUAUAAUGGGACUUGGGCAUCCAUGGGUUUUGGUGUCCACAGGGGUCCUAGGACCAUACUGCAAUGGAUAUCGAGAGUCCAUUGUACUGUAUUUUGGAUCACCCUUUACAUGGACAUAGUAAAAGCCUAAAAGCCAUAUCUGGAAGCACACCCUAAUCGCUGUGCCAGCCUUACUUAGUUUGCCAUCACUGCCUUACUUCUUGCCCUCAGAAUCCUCAAUGUAAAUACCCCCCAAAAUGCAUACCUGGCGAGAGGGACUGUUUUAUACAUUUCCAAUUCCCCCCCCCCUUUUUUUUUUGCUUUGGUUAUUUGAUAAAUACCUAAAUGUAUUUGUGUAACUAGCUCUUGUUUUGUGUUGAACAUGACAUGGAGGAAGGUAGAGCAUUUCAAAACCAGGCUGCUUCACAUUUUCUCAAGGUUAGCAUUGUGUAUUUUCCUCCUGCUUUGUUCAUUUUUUUGUAACUUUUUUUGAAUGUUAUACAGUAAUAAAGAUUGAAAGAU